CUUGAUAACCGCACCGCCCCGACCGGUGGCAACAUGAUCGCGGGCCAUGACUUUCAUGGGCUUGUCCUUAUGCUGAACAACUUGGCCCUUGCGAAUAGAGCCUACAGCAAGUUUAUAGUCUCUCUGGCUUUGGUAAAUAGUUGCACAAUAGCGGAUGGCCAACUGGCUCGGCCGGCAUCGCGCCGCAGUUAGUUUGAGCAUUUGUGACAGUAAUACAGUAAUAAUUUUGAGUCCUGCCACAGACAGUAUAUAAGCCACUUUCCACGUUUAAAUUGGCAUCUCCGCAACCCUUGAAUUUCAAAAUUCCUCUCAUCCUCGAUUAUGUCUUCAGAAGGACAAGUAACAGAAAAGUUGGACAAUCUCACCCUUGCCACCGAAACGCCGGCUCCUGCAGCAGCUGAAGUUGCUGCCGCUGCUUCUGCCGACCAGAAUGUUACUCCCUGGGAUGUCGAAGGCGCUGUUGUAGAUGGUGUGGCCCAAGCUAUUGACUACAACAAGUUGAUUAACCAGUUCGGUACCAAAGCUAUUGACGACGAACUUCUCCAGCGUUUUGAAAAACUCACCGGCAGAAAGCCCCAUAUUUUCUUGCGAAGAGGUGUCUUCUUCUCUCAUAGAGAGUUCAAUCGUAUUCUCGACCGUUACGAAGCAAAGAAGCCAUUCUUCCUCUACACAGGACGUGGACCAUCCAGUGACUCCAUGCAUCUCGGUCACUUGGUUCCAUUUGUCUUCUGUCAAUGGUUGCAAGAGGUCUUUGAUGCGCCUCUUGUCAUUCAACUUACUGACGAUGAAAAGUUUUUGUUCAAGCCCAACUUGACUGUCGAAAAGUGCAGGGAAUUCGCGCGUCAGAACGCAAAGGACAUCAUUGCUUGUGGAUUCAACCCAGAAAAGACCUUCAUCUUCAGCGAUUUUGAUCACGUUGGUGGAGCAUUCUAUCACAAUGUUGUCAAAAUCUCCAGAUGCAUUACAACCAACCAGUCCAAGGCUACCUUUGGAUUCAAGGAUACUGACUGCGUUGGCAAACUUCAUUUCGUCUCUGUUCAAGCUGCACCAUCGUUCUCCAACUCUUUCCCUCAAAUCUUUGGUACUAAGACUGACAUUCCAAGUCUUAUCCCUUGUGCCAUCGAUCAGGACCCAUACUUCCGAUUGACUCGAGAUGUUGCUCAGAGGCUCAAAUACCCUAAGCCAGCGUUGAUUCACGCCAAGUUCUUCCCUGCUUUGCAAGGUUCCCAAACCAAGAUGAGUGCCUCGGUUGACACCUCAGCUAUUUUCAUGGCAGAUACACCCAACAAGAUCAAGAACAAGAUCAACCGAUAUGCAUUCUCUGGUGGCGGUGUCACGAUUGAGGAACACAAGGCCAACGGAGGUAACCCUGACGUCGAUGUGUCAUACCAAUAUCUCAGCUUCUUCUUGGAGGAUGAUGAGGAGCUCAAGCGUAUUUACGAUUCCUACAAGUCUGGCGAUUUGUUGACGGGUGAACUUAAGAAACGCUGCAUUGAUGAAUUGCAAAGAGUUGUUGGAGCUUUCCAAGAACGCAAGGCUAAGGUGACCGAUGAAGUCAUAGAUUACUUUAUGGACAAGAACCGUACAAUUGUCGCUUAGAUGGUAUAUAGAUGGCUAAAAAUAUAAAAAAAAGUAAUUAUUUAA